GGGGGCGUGAGGUGUCCAAGAUGGCGGCGCCCUGUGGAGUGCAGCUACUCUGAUAGGAACUCUGUACCUGAUUACCAUUGGUUCUAAUCCCCUGUGAGGCACUUCAUACCUUUAAACCAGGACUUUCCCUCCUGCCCUACAUUAAAACAUCUGCUCUUGCCAGUGGGUUAACAAAUGCAUGAGAUUUCGGUGCCUGGAGACUGUACAGGCGGGUGGCCCUGGGACCCCCCCCGGCAGGGCAGCAAGCUGUGAGAGUGACGAAAGUGACCCCCCCUCCUCCCCCCUCCCCGGCCCCUGAGCCUGGGACAGACGCCCCUCGACUCCAUGGCUCGGGAGCAGCCCAACGUGGGGGAACUCCUCCCACUCCUCGAAUCCUCGGACCUGCGCCAGCUGGAUGAGAUCAAGGCUCUCAUUAAUGAGCAGCUCAGCACAGAGCGCGGCUCUGUGCUGCUGAACAGUCUGGUGGAUUAUUACCUGGAGACCAACUCCACCGAGGCCAUGCAAAUCCUAACCUCCGUGAGGGAGCCCCACGACAAGCACCUCCUGGAUAAGCUGAACGAGUGCAUGGUCAGACAGGCCAGCCGGCUGCCCACUCUCACCCUGCUGGGUCACGUUGUCCGCAAGCAGCCCUCCUGGAUCCACAAGAUCGCCCGCUUCCCCCUGCUCCUCUCGCUGCUCAAAUGCCUCAAGACGGACACAGACGUCGUGGUGCUCAUAACUGGAGUCCUGGUGUUGAUCAUCCUGCUACCCAUGAUCCCUCAGGCCGGCAAGCAGCACCUGUACGAGUUCUUCGACAUCUUCGGCCGCCUGGCCGCCUGGAACCUGAAACACCCAGGUCAAGUGUCGGAGGUGUACCUGAUCCACCUGCACGCCAGCGUGUACUCGCUCUUCCACCGGCUCUACGGCAUGUACCCCUGCAACUUCGUCUCCUACCUGCGCUCCCACUACAGCAUGAAGGAGAACAUGAGCACCUUCGAGGAGGUGGUCAAGCCUAUGCUGGAGCACGUGCGGAUUCACCCGGAAUUAGUGACUGGAACCAAGGACCAUGAGCUGGACCCCACCAGGUGGAAGAAGUUUGAGAUCCACGACAUCGUCAUCGAAUGUGCCAAAGUGUCACUCGACCCCAAGGAGGCAUCCUGUGAGGAGGGCUACUCCAGCAUGCCCGAGCACUACUCCGCCCACCUGCAGCUCCGCCCCCUGGAGUGCGCUGCCAGCCCCUACACCGACUUCCACAGCAGCUACGGAAGCUCCUCCUCCACGCCGUUCUACACGCCACGCCAGCCGCUGCCCCUGCCCCCGCCCCCGCUCUCAGGGACACAGCCCCCCCACCGCAGCCCCCAGACCUCCCAGCGCCAGGCCCUGACCUUUGACCUCAGCUCCUCCGGCGGGGGGAAGGAUCCUGUCUGGAGCCCCUCCUUCGUCUGCGGCAUGAACACGCCCCCCUCCUCGCGGGGCAUCUCGCCCACCAACGCCCCCGAGCUAUCCCAGAGUGCCUCUCACUUUCCCGGCCGCGUCCACAGCACACCCGCGGGAGGGAAAGGGACGCCUUCCUCCAGCACCCCGGCGGCCUCGUCCCCCCACCCCACCCUCUCUGAAGAGUUUGUGCACAUCUCCCUCCCCUCCAACACCGCCAGCCCCCCUCGCAAGGAUGGCAGACCUGCAGAGUCCUCCAAGCCUUGCCUGGUGAGACAGGAGCCAAUCAGAGAGCUAGAGAAAGGCAGCAGUGUGGAGGCCAACAACAGAGGUAUCAUCUGUGAGAAUGUGACCAUGACCCUGACGGAGCUGUCGGUCUACAUCAAAGAGCAGGAGCUGGAGCUGCAACAGAGGACAGAGACGGAGCGAGAGGACGCCCUCGCAGAGGAGCUGCGGAAGAUCACCGAGGACAAGCUGGAGCCCUCCGUCCAGCGGGGGUUCGACUCGCCCUUCUACCGCACCACCGAGACCCUGACAGGCAACCAGGAGAAGCCGUCGCCCGCCCGAGACCCCCACAACGCGGCAUCCACGCCCGACAAAGCGGAGGGGCUGCCGGGGGGGGUGUUCACCCCCAUUGACUACCCGGCGACGGAGCGGUACCCCCGCAGCCCCACCGCGGCCGAGGAGGAGGGGGGCGCCGUGCUGGGCAAGUUCGGCCUCUUCUCCCCGAGCCCCUGCAAGGCCCCCGCGCUGCCCUACGACUGCCUGUUCGACCUGGCGCUGCCCAAGGCCGCCACCCUGUUCGUGGGCCGCAGGACCGCCGAGGCGGUGCGGAAGGUCAGGGAGGAGCUGCGAUUGGUGGAGGACAGGGAGGCGGAGCUGGAUGCGGAGCGGGAGGGGGCGGCGUCCAUGUCCCCCCUGGAGGUGCUGGAUCGCCUCAUUCAGCAGGGGAGCGACCUGCACCACAAAGUGCUGAAGAGAUUACCUUUGCCAAGCAAGUCGGCUGACUGGACACACUUUGGAGCAGGCUCCGCCCCCUUGGACGAGCUGGACAUUCUGCGCAGUCAGCUGCUCCUGCUGCACAACCAGCUGCUGUAUGAGCGCUACAAGAGGGAGCAGCACGCCGUCCGCAACCGCCGUCUGCUGCGGCGCAUCAUCAACGCCACUGCGCUGGAGGAGCAGAACAGCGCCAUGAAGGAUCAGCUGAACCUGCAGAAUGUGGAGAUCCUGUCUCUGAGGGAGAGCUUGCAGGUGGAGCAGCAGAGGUACAGGCAGCUGUGGGAGGACCGGGAGGCCGUGGUCAACCGGCUCCACAACCAGAACCGGCAGCUGCAUCAGGGCCGCGACGAGUACUACACCAAGACCCAGGAGCUGGAGAGCAAACUUCAAGAGUGCCAGAAGAGGAUUGGGGAGCUGGAGGCGGAGCUACAGAAGGCCAAUAACAAGGUGUGCCACAUGGGGCACCAACUCAACCAGCUGUCUGUCAAGUUGACCAGCAGUGAGACCGCCCAGCAGCAGAUGGCGUUUCUCAGCAAGCAGCUGCUGCUCCUGGGGGAGGUCAACACGCUGUGUGUGGAGGAGCUGCAGCACUCCGGAGCUGACUCCAACAAGAAGGUGCAGAUGCUGCACAUGUCUGCGGGGAAGGACCUGGAGAGGAUGCGGCAGAGCCUGGUGCAGCAGGGCCAGCGGCUGGAGGCGGCGCAGCAGCGAGUGGCCGAGCUGGAGACCCAGCUCACCAAGAAGGAGCACCUGAUCGUGGAGCAGAAGCUCUUCCUGGAGGACGUCAAGGGCCAGGCCAGGGCGGAGCUGCAGGCCUCGGAGGGCAGGUACCAGGCGCAGAGGCAGGUGACGCAGGCACUGCAGACUGAGCUGCUCCAGCUGUACAGCCGACUGGAGACCAAGUGUCCUGCUGCUGGGGUCUCCGUGCCACCAGGGGGCGCCACUGAGCCCUGCGGGCCCCCGGACACCAGGCCAGAAGGUGGCAGCAGCUCAGCACUGGACGGGCAGGUGACGGCAGGCGUCCAGGAUGGAGUGGUGGACGGAGGUCUGUCCGACUCUCAGACGAGCAACAGUAGCACUUUAUCGCCCGGGAAACCGCAGGCCCCCCCGAUGUCAAACUCCAUCAACGGCAGCCGGGAGCUCCCCCCUCCCCUGCUGGAGCCCCCCGUGCCCCGCCACGCCUCCUCGCCCGCGGGGGCCCCGGGGCCCGCCGACGUCCCGCUCACCGUGGGCUCCUACCCCAGCGCCAAGAGCUUCCUGGGCAUGCAGGCCCGCGAGCUGUUCCGCAACAAGAGCGAGAGCCAGUGUGAGGAGGACGCGCCCCGGCUGGCCGGCCUCUCCCAGGGCCUGAAGACCGAGCUGUGCGUGGAGCCGGCCGCCAACGCCGGCCCCGCCCCCGCCAGGGGCCCCGCCCGCGCCACGCCCGCCAAGGAGGCCCAGCCCGACGCGCAGCAGAGGGCCAACAACCGGCACGCGGCCGGCGGAGCGGGCGGGGCCGGGACGGGCGGCAGCGGCGGCGUGGGCCAUGUGCAGCAGCGGCAGCAACAACUACGCAUCAUGGACUACAAUGAAACGCAUCAGGAGCACAGUUAAACAGAGACACAGAGCCAGAGAGACAGGGCUGCAGUGAGGGCGGGAAGAGAGGAGGAGGAGGAGGAAGACCAGACUUUUUCAGUUCAGUGUUAUUAUUCCCAUUCCUUGAUUGGACAACAGGAUUUGAGCCUCCGUUCAUUUACCCCGGGCAAAUCUAGAGAAAA